AUGAUUCACUCUCUAGAUACUUCAACUGUACGGCGUAUUUCAAGUGGACAAGUGAUUACGAAAGUAGAAGAUGUCGUUAAAGAACUUAUCGAGAAUUCGAUCGACGCUGAAUCAACUUCAAUCGAAGUCAAAUUAGUUGGCGAUGGAUUAACUUCCAUCACCGUUAAAGAUAAUGGUGUGGGAAUUCUAGAAUGCGAUAGACCAGCUAUGGCAUUGAGAAAUCAUACUUCAAAGCUUUACGACUUUGAAGGCUUAAGUAGAGUGGAAACUUAUGGUUUUCGAGGCGAGGCUCUUAAUUCAAUUUGUUCUGUAACCGAGUCAACACAAAUAACUACAAAGACCGAAAAUGAUCCGGUUGCAAUUCUUUACAUGCUUGAUCAUUCUGGAAAGAUAUUGCAUGCAAAAUCUUCAGGAUCGAGUCCUGGAACCACAGUUACAGCUAUAAAACUAUUUUCAAACGUUCCGGUUCGAAGACAAGUAGCAAAAAAAAUUUCUUCCUCGAUUGGAAAAAACGUUCAAAAUCUUUUAAUCACCUAUGCGUUAGCACAUCCACAUAUAAGAUUUUCGUUAAAACAUACUUAUGAGAAUAAUUCAAAAUUAAAAUUUAAUGAGGGUAAUUGGAUACAACCUGCAAUGAAAAAUACAAUGGAUGCUGUAAUAAAGCUCUUCGGUAAUGAAUUGGCUAAUGAAGUUCAAUUUGGUGUAUGGAGUUCAAAAUCCGAAGAUAUUGAAAACGGUGGGAAUGAUAAUAAUACGGAGGAACAAUAUAUUAUUACUCUUGAAGCCAUUUUACCAAAUCCUGAUGCUGUUCCACACAUAAUUUUCAAGAAUGGAAAAACUUUUAUUUAUGUAAAUAAUCGUCCAGUGACAACAGUCAGAGGGGAAAUAAAGAAUCUCGUGUCGAUGGUGAAAUCCGUAUAUAAUGUAAUAGCAUGUCAUAAUGGAUGGACAGGGAACACGAAGACGCCUUUUAUGUGGAUAAACAUCAAGUUACCAACUUGGGUUUAUGAUGUAAAUGUUGAACCAAACAAGAACGUCGCGCUCUUUCAUCAUGGAGAACGUUUAAUUGAGGCCGUUAGUAACUUGUUGGAAAUGUUCUAUGAUCUAAAUAAUCAGCGAGAAGUGCAGAAUACGGACAUUAAUAUGGAAGUGGAUCAACCGAUCGAACCAAUGCUUGAUGAGGAUAACAUAAAUAGCAACGGAAAUAUUUUCGUUGAAGAAAUGGUUAUGGAUUCAUUAGAUAGAAUGAUUCAAGAAAGUUGUACUCCACCUUCGACAUCCGAAUUUUACAAUAUACGUUCAUCUAAAAGAGAUAAUCAAGUGUCGAGUUCGCCUUCACAUUCUGAAUCAUCUUAUAGACAUAGCCAACGUGUAUCUGGAACCACCACACCAAUUCACGAUCGUGAAAUUGAUGCUUCGCGAAUGAAAAAGAUAUCAUCUAAUAUAAGUAAUGAUAUAAGACAUUAUGUGAGGAAAGAAAUUCAUCCAGCUAAAGUUGAUAAAAGUAAACUAAAAAUGUAUGAUGACGAUGAAUCUAGGGAAAGGCAUAAUUUUACAAAGAGAUCUAAACGAGAUCAAUAUAACAACUCGAACUAUAAAGAUGGAAAUAUUGAUCACUGGUUAAAGAAUUGUCAAACGCAGAAUGUUGAAGUACCAUAUACUCCAACUGACCUUGAAUCACAAAUAACUAGUCCCGUUAACCAUGAUGAACAAGGAAGGAAUAUCAGGUCAAGUGACGUAUCACGAAAUAAUAACACUGAUUCGCUAUCUCAUAGCAUUUUUGAAAAUUCAUUAAUGUUAAGAGAUGGUUUCAAUCAAUCUCCGUCUCAAGACUAUAAUAACCGGAGGAAAGAAGAUCAUUUAUUAACACCUCCAAAUGAUAAAUCUGCAGCAAUGCAGAAAGAAAGUCUAGAUAUUCAAGAUAUGAACAAUCUUUAUGGCCAUCUUCAUAAAAAUAAAGGAAUGCAAUCAGAAAAUGAUUCUGAUCUUGUGGAUGGUUUGAUGGAUAAAAGAAACAGUAAUGAACGACUUGUUGAUGAUGACAUUGCAGAGGUCAUGUGCAAACGUCCAAGAAUUGAUGAUAAUAUAGAAGGUGCUCUUGUUUCCGAGGCGCCUAGAAACGAUUUAAAUGAAUUUGAAGAUCGUGAUUUCACAGAACCAUCCUCGUUAAAUAAAGAUAAAAUUAUACAUUCCGAAUCUGAAAUCGAAAUUAAUUCUAAUCAGUUGCAUAACGAUCCCAUUGGAUCAUUAUCAACAUUAACAAACAAUCAACAAUUGCAAGGAAAGGAGAAUGGCGUUCGGACUAUUGCAAUAGGACAACCCACAAUCGAUGAUUUAAUUAAAUCUGGCGCGAUAAAUCUUUCACCUGGACAACAUCUUAAGAAAAAACCAACAAAUGAUAACCGUCUUGCCCUUUCUCUGACCGAUGUUCUUGAUCAAGAAUUGAAAUUGAAGUUUGAUAAACCAAGAGUCCUUCGAAGAAAUAGGUCAACUUCUAAACUCAAUCAAAUUGGGUAUUCUUUAUCCUAUUUUAACAAAUUAGAUUAUGGAAUGUGGGUUGUAACAAGGAAAUUUAACGAAAAGGUCGUGGAUAUUUUUAUAGUUCAUGGAGAAAGAAUACGCGAAUUGGUCACAUUAGAUACAUUAAUAACUUCUACAGAAUUAAAUCCAACUAGGAAAUUGCUUAAUCCUAUUGACGUGACAAUAGAGCAACUCGGAUCUGACCGAGCAAUUGAAUGUUUAAAACGUCUUACAUUUGAUCAAAUUCCAGAUGAAAGUGUUGCCGGUAUUUGGUGGAAUAUGAUUACGCAAAAAUGUCUUACAGCGAAUGGUGUCAAAGUCAGAUGGAGAGAAGAUACCGGGCAGAUAUAUAUACAACUUACGCAUAUAUCACCACUCGUUCAAUUUGCAACCGUAGUUGAAUAUUUUGCUCAUUUAAUGAAACAUCUUUGUAGUUUGAAUAUGGACAGUACGGAAGAUAUACCAUUUGCAAAUACAAGGUCACGUUUGACGAUGCAAAUACUUGCAAGGGAAGCAAGGCAAAUGGUGAAACAUGAGGAUUGGACAAUUAAUAAACGAGAUGAUGAAAUGAAACAACGAGUAAAAGAUGCUACUACGUAUUUGAUGCGUAGAAUGCAAAAUUUCGAACGAAAUGACCCUUCUGUUAUGGAAGAAAAUGAGAAAGACGAAUCAACACCAAUUGCUAUGGUUGAAAGGAAGAAUGAAGAAGAAAUUUGGUAUAAUGAUGAAGUAGUUGUGAAAAUACUGUGGAGUAAUAUUGAAGGGGAGUAUUAA